AUGUUCAGCUCUCCGGGUGCAGUUCGUAAGUCUAAAAUAUGUUUACUUUAUCCACUAUAGUCUGACCAUAUUUUGUUAAAUAUGACAUUCAGAAUUUACAACUACCGUUCGUAAGAAGUCGCUAUGUCCAGCAGCUUCAGUCGACCGAAGAACUGUAGAAUUGGACAUUCUGGGAGCUCUGAAGGGUGACGACGUGCCUGCGCAGCUCAGGCUGGAGGUGUUUAGUCAUCUGGAUGAUAUGGAGGAGGCCGAGUUAGCAGAACUUGUCAAUCUGCUAGUGUCUCCGGUAAGGCUUCAGGGUAUUAUAACAUAAGAUAAUUCAGGAUGGACUAUUCGCUUCGGCCAUCGAAAACGACGCUUGUAAGAUCUUCCAAUGUGCUCCAGACGAGUUUGAAAAGGGAUUGGACAAACACAACAUUGUGUACCUUCUCGAACUGUGGAGUCUGAUCAAGUCUAAAGUGUUGAAUAACUUGUACAUGAUGCUUCAACCAGUUGAGGUGAGUUUCCAAGGCUGAUAACAUGUAUUUAUUAGAGCCGUGUACCUACAUUCAUAAUCCGAAGAGAAGUCAUGAAAGCUCUGCGCAAUAGAGUACUACUGCCAUUGUUACGGUCAAAACAGAGACCACAGAACUAUAAGAGAGUACAACCAGUCAUCACUAAUGUCUGGCACAGUGCUUGUGACGGAUCUCCUGAACACAAAGAGUACCAAGACCUGGUCAACUGGUUCUUACACACAGAUUCUCCUACUUGCUCGAAUGUUCCUGGCCAUCAUUAUCCAGAAUGA